ACAAGAACUGCGCACGAGUGGGGACGAGUUUGGAUACACUAUAAGGCAAAUUUAAAAAGGAAGCUUGCCAACAAUCGCAGCAAUAUUCUUGCAACUGGUGGUGGUCCGUCGCAAGAGGUUUCUUUAAAUCCACUAGAAGAAAGUGUUGCGGAACUUAUUCAGAUAAGGGAACAAGUUGCACCCAGUGGCCGGGCGUUCGGGGUAGAGAAUAUACCACCGGUGAUGGAUGGCGAAGAAAUAGAAGACGGCUUAGUUGCAGCUUCGUCCAUGGUUGAUGAGCCCCAGGUAGCAAACAUUGAAGAUCGGCCCUCUUCGUCAGCAUCGCGUGUACAAAAUCGCCGCAGAAGCUGCAAUUUAGAAACUGAGCGUCUAGAGCUCCUAAAAAUGCAGGCAGAAACGCAAAAAGAGGUACUAAAAAAAAUUGAUAGAAUUGAAAAGACGGCGUACAAAAAUUACGACAUUAAUAAAAAAUUGCUGCACAUAAAGCAACAAAAAUAUAAAUUGUUUGAAAGGCAGGCUAGGGAAGCCCAUGAACAACAUUUUUUUAAGGUAGAGCAAUUAAAAAUAGCUAAAUUAAGAGGCUAUUUGCAAGACGAGAACAGCUCGUGA